ACAAUGUAUCCGUUAAUGUUCACACUUACAGCCUAUUUACUAUGCAUUCCAGCUACAUUUGGAAAAACUGUGUCGGGAGUUUUCAAGAGCGAUGCAGCCAGAGAGCAGAAUGGACAGUACAUCACACAAUUCAUGUACAACGUGGGUAGGGGUCUGGUGGUGUGCAGGCUGGAGAAUGCUCCCCUGGCCACGGAGAAGGAGUCCAGACUGCUAUUCUUCCCGGAGACGGAGGACGGCUUCGACAUCGACAACCUCAGCUGCCACGACCGCCUCUCCAAGGCACAGCUCUCCAUCCGUCUGAGUGAGGAGGAGCACAACCAGAGCAUCCCCCACCUUCACUCCCCCACCGCCUGGAUGGCGCUGUAUGCAGACCGCUACACCUGUGGGGAGGGGGGCAUCAUCCCUGCCCAUGAGGACCUGACCUUCACCAUCCUGCUGUUCAACCCUGACUCGGCAGGCAACCCCCUGGAACACUUCAGCGCUGAGGAGGCAGGCCUGCAUAGUUUCUACUGUCUGCUGAUCCUGGCCUACUUUGUGGCAUCCUGUAUCUACAUUCAGCCUCUGUGGAUGGCCCUGAGAAAGGGUGGGCCCAUGCAAACGGUGCUGAAGGUGCUCUCCACAGCCUUGGCCCUACAGGGGAUCUCUGCCCUCUUCAACUACAUCCACCUGGCCAGGUAUGCCAGGGAUGGAGUGGGCAUUCCUAUCAUGGGCAGCUUGGCAGAGUUCUGUGACAUGGUAUCCCAGGUGUCCAUGCUGUACAUGCUGCUGAGUCUGUGUGUGGGCUGGACCCUGAGCAAGAACAGGAAGCCCCAGAGCAGACCUCUCCAGUGGGACUCCUCUCCCGCCUCCAAAGCCCUCGCUAUGGGAGGGGUCGCCACACAGGGGGCGCUACUGCUGUGGGAGCAGUAUGAGGAGACGGAGCACCACAGCUACCAUGCCCAGCGCAGCAUAGCGGGUCUGUUACUCAUAUCUCUACGUAUCAUCCUGGCCUUGUUGCUCGCCUCUGUGCUCUACACCAUCAUCAGCACAGAGAGGAGCGCCCUCAAGAGAGACUUCUAUCUCAGCUUCGCCAAGGGUUGUUUUAUCUGGUUCCUGUGCCACCCUGUGCUGGUCCUACUCUCUGUGGUCUUCAACGAGCAUCAGAGAGAAAAGGUUGUGACAAUCGGUGUGAUUCUAUGCCAGGCUAUCUCGGUGGUGAUCCUCUACCAGCUUUUCCUGUCCCGUAGCUUAUACUGGGAAGUAUCUUCUCUCUCCUCUGUCUCACUACCCCUCACCAUGUCCAGAGGGGGCCGGGGACGCUACUGACCCCGCGUGCAGGGGGAACUCUUUCACUGCGACACAUGCCGAGGGCGAAGGGAUACACCGUGACACCUGCAGUUAAAGGGACAAUACUUCCACUCCUCUCCGCCCACUCACGGCGAAGGUGCCCCCACAGACGGGUGAGGAAAGAGAGAUGGGUGGGAUGAAGAGAAGUAGGAAGUUCACCCACAAAUAUAGAAGAGAAGAGGAAUGAUGGCCUGCUCAUGUAGCUGGAUAGCACACCUAUUUAAAAUAGCCUCCCAAACAGGAUGAGAAUGAGACCUGGGUUUAAUAGCCUUCCAAACAGGAUGAGAGUGAGACCUGGGUUUUAAUAGCCUCCCAAACAGGAUGAGAGUGAGUCCUGGGUUUAAGCGCACAUAAAGUAUGUAUGUAAAUGACUCAUUUGUUAGUAUACAACAGAUGUGGACACAGGUAACUGCCAAAAUAAUGGAAACGCAAGUAAAAGAGGGAUCCAAAGUAUAUUAAAAGCAGGUGCUUCCACACAGGUGUGGUUCCUGGGUUAAGCAAUUCACAUCCCAUCAUGCUUUGCUUAGGGUCACGUAUAAAAAUGCUGUCCGCCAUGGCUGUGGCCCUACAGGAUUACAAUGCCCCCAUUCACAGGGCACGGGUGGUCACUGAAUGGUUUGAUGAGCAUGAAAAUGAUGUAAACCAUAUGGCCGUCUCAGUCCCCAGAUCUCAACCGGGGACGGUGUUUUCCACCACCAUCAACAAAACAUCAAAUGAUGGAAUUUCUCGUGGAAGAAUGAUGUCGCAUCCCUCCAAUAGAGUUCCAGAAUCUAUGCCAAGGUGCAUUGAAGCUGUUCUGGCUCGUGGCACAACGCCCUAUUAAGACUCUUUAUGUUGGUGUUUUCUUUAUUUUGGCAGUUACCUGUAUGUUAGUCUUAUUUGUAGUAUGCAUUGUGUGAAAUUUUGGUUCACUGUUUUAUUUUGAAUGUCAAACUUGGGCUGGAUUUGAUGUCUCUUUCUUUUUCAGAUGGAGUAUAAGACUCUAUUUAGAUUACAACGAAAUGUUACUGAUUGUCAAAUUCCCUGUUAAGUCUUAUUCAUUGCCGAUAAAGAUAUCCAGGCGCGGACUGAAAUACAUUUGUUUACCGUUGAUCUAUAGAGAUAUGGAUCCAUGUUCAGUGUGGUAAAUCUCAAACCAAAAAUAUAGUCUGAUCUUAACUCUGUCAGAAAUAGAAAGUUUGGUAUUUUAAAAAUUUUUUAAACAUAGUUCCUUCACACUGUUUUAAUGCCGUAUCAUUCUAUUGUCGUCAAUUGAUCGUUCUUUCUGCGAGCUGCAGGUUUAGGGUGUGCUGAAGCUAUUACAGAAAUCACAUGGAACUCAUGGAAUCUUUGUGUCAUCCCCAGCACUCCAACACUGCAGCUAGUUGCAUGUGUGAGAAUCGUAUUACUAUUUUUAGUUGUGCAAUUAUUGAAUUAUACUUGAAUAUGAACGCUUGGUAUUGUUUUGUCUGACAUUAGAGCUAGACAUGUGCAAUGUUUAAAUGCAGCUUUAUUUUCUUUCUCAAUCGUCGCAAGUGCCUGAGAAGACAAUCCCUUUGCUAGUAGAAGGUACCUGUGUUUGUCUAUGAAAAGAUGGGUUUCACAUUUUCAUACAUAACCAGUCUGAUAGUUAAGUUAUGUGGAGAUAUUGGGCGCAAAUGGUCAGAGCCGUGACUGUGUAAUGUUCCUAUUAAGCAUGUUUAAGGCUGUUUUAAAUUCAUUACUGUAUACUUUUGUAAAAUAAGUCGUUAUUAGAUGCUGAUGCAAUACAAGAAAAUGUCUGCA